UUGAUCAAACUUCUUGAAAUCGAAUAUCAAAUCGUGUCUCAAGAGGUGAAGGGCAGUAAAGUUGAUUCUGUUCUUCAUAGAAACCAGAAUCAGACACUCGACAAUGUUGUCGCGAAGAUCAACAUGAAGCUUGGUGGCAUGAACUAUAACUUGAUGCUUGGAUCAAAACCUAGUGAUACCGUGAACAAGUGGGUGAACGACAAAGAUCGUCUUUUCGUCGGCUUCGAAAUCUCCAAUCCCCCUCCACUUUCGAAGUUGGACAUUGAACGCGGCGCGACUUACAAGAUGCCUUCUGUUCUUGGCUGGGGAGCAAAUUGCGCAGCGAAUCCUCAGCAAUUUAUUGGCGACUAUGUGUUCAUUAAGCCACGCCAGUCAGAUAUGAUGGGAGCAAAGCUAAGUGAACUGAUUGUUGAAAUCCUGAAGAAAUUCCGUGCUGCGACUACCGUUGUUCCUCGUCACAUUGUGCUCUAUUUCUCUGGAAUAUCUGAAGGACAAUUCAGUCUUGUGACCGACACGUACAUGAAAGCGAUUAACACGGGAAUCACAUCACUAUCGGCUACUUACAAGCCUAGUGUGACGGCUUUGGCUGUUUCGAAGGAUCACAACGAACGUCUUUACAAAGCCAACAUAUCGGGAAAUCGUGCCGUGGAACAGAAUAUUCCUCCCGGUACAGUUGUCGACACUAAAAUUGUUUCGCCUGUCAUCAACGAAUUCUACCUGAACGCGCACUCGGCUUUCCAGGU